AUAAAGAGAUCGCCUCUCCUCUCACUACUACCGACACACUCGCAUCGAACGAGUGUUAAUUCAAACCCACUGUGCAGCUAUUAGAACGACGAACGUUCGAUUAGAAACGCUCGAACCGCUCAUCACGACGGAGCCAUGGCAACGAACCCCAUCAUCAAGCUGUACACGGCGAAACUAAGCCCACCGGGUCGUGCCGUAGAACUGACUGCCAAGCUGCUCGGCCUGUCCCUAGACAUCAUCCCAAUCAAUCUGCUCGCCGGUGAUCAUCGGACGGACGAGUUUCUGCGCCUUAACCCGCAGCACACAAUCCCGGUGAUUGACGAUGGCGGUGUGAUCGUGCGGGACAGUCACGCCAUCAUCAUCUAUCUGGUGCAGAAGUACGGGAAGGAUGGUCAGACCCUCUAUCCGGAAGAUCCAAUUGCUCGGGCCAAGGUAAACGCCGGACUGCACUUCGAUUCGGGCGUACUGUUCUCUCGGCUGCGGUUCUAUUUCGAACCGAUACUGUACGAAGGAUCGGCGGAAGUGCCGCAGGACAAAAUCGACUAUAUGAAGAAAGGGUACGAGCUGCUGAACGACGCCCUGGUGGAGGAUUACAUUGCGGGAAGCUCACUUACGCUGGCCGAUGUUAGCUGCAUCGCAACGAUUGCGACGAUGGAGGAGUUCUUCCCGAUGGAUCGCUCCCGCUAUCCGGCGCUGGUGGCGUGGAUUGAACGGCUCAGUCGUACCCUGCCUGAGUACGACCAGCUCAACCAGGAAGGGGCGGUAGAGUUCGCAGAAAUCUGUGAAUCGCUGAGGCUUAAAAAUGGGGCGUCGGUCGCUGCGAAAAAGUCGCAUCUUUCCGCGAUUGAAUUCAAUCAGUGUAGCAACAGCAUCCUCAACGAGAUGACGACUUCUCCGGCCAUGAUUCUGUACUACGACGAGGUCAGUCCACCGGUUCGGGGCGUCCUGCUAGCGAUUGCAGCACUCGGUGUGAAGGACCGCAUCAAGCUCGAGUACAUCGAUCUCUUUAAGGGUGGCCAUUUAAGUAGCGAUUAUCUUAAGAUUAAUCCACUGCACACGGUCCCCGUCCUACGGCACGGUGAGUUAACGCUUACCGAUAGUCACGCUAUUUUAGCGUACCUGUGCGAUACCUUUGCCCCACCAGGGCACACGCUAGCCCUGCCCGACGCACUGACGCGCGCCAAAGUUUUCAACAUGCUGUGCUUCAACAACGGCUGUUUGUUUCAGCGCGAUGCGGAAGUUAUGCGUAAAAUCUUCAGCGGUGCCAUUACCGACCCAACGCAGCAUCUGAAACCGAUCGAGGCAGCGAUCGAUGCGCUGGAGCAGUUUCUGCAGCGAUCACGCUACACCGCGCACGAUCAGCUUUCGGUGGCAGAUUUCGCGAUCGUCGCGACACUCAGCACGGUGGCCAUUUUUGUGCCGCUCGCGGCGGAUCGUUGGCCGCGGGUAUGCGAGUGGUUCGCGGUGAUGGAAGCGCUGCCAUACUACAACGAACAGAAUCGUGUUGGGUUGGACAUGUUGCGCAAACAUUUAGCGGGAAAGAUUAAGCUGUAGAACACACUUCUCAAACGCUUCUAUAUUCAUCGUAGGAUUCGAUUUCAGUGCACUUGUUUUUGAUGUUUUAUGUUCCCAUUCUUCUUUAUUGUGCUUGUAUCGGUGCCUUGAGAAUCUCUGUGGGUGAGAGUGUUGCCGAUCUUCGCUUUCGCUGCGACAUACACACUCGAUACGUUCUGGAUGUUUAAUUUACAGUUUACACGACACAUUCGCGGAAGCGGGAAGGAGUGUAAUAAUUUUGGGAGAAUCUACGCUUCGCGAGGAUCACACACCUGGCAGGCAAGUGUGUGAACUGUUAUAAGUUAUCAGAGUAUCAUUUGUUCCACGGAGUUUGCGUUGCUUCAUACAGCGUUUGCUGCGCGUGUGGUCGUACCAUCAUCCCCUUUCUACAAAGAUUUAAACUUUGUUAAUGUUUUUUACGGCAUGAGUAAUAUAUUCACUUUAACAAUAAUGCGACAAAUAGUGUCCGACACAAUUAUUCAACAUUUAUCAAUUUCAACAUGACGCACACAUUUCAUCUCGUUACCGCUUUUUUGCCGGCUGGAUCCUUCCAAUUGAUACCGGAUUUCUUCACAGUUCUACGCAAUUUUUGCUGCUACAUAGUUAAUUUCGUGAUCAAGAUUUGUUAUCUUCGAUGUACUUGUGAGAAAAAAGGGAAAAAUAAUAAAUGAAAAAAAAAAACAAA